UAAGCUGGAUGCCAACCGCUUUAAAGCACAAAGAAGCGAAGAAGCCGUUGAGUUCAGUUCAGCCCAACAAAGUCCUCACACUUAGACGACCCCAGUUGUGUGCUCAAAUAAACAUUAUUAUUCCAUUUCAUUCUUUGGAAACCCACUGUCAUCUGACGUAAAAGGUCAGUUUAGACAUCGCUAUGGCGCAGGAGACCAAUCAGAGUCCAGCUCCUAUGCUCUGUGCCACAGGCUGUGGUUUCUAUGGCAACCCCAGGACUAAUGGCAUGUGCUCUGUUUGCCACAAGGAGCACCUGUCAAGACAGAACAAUGGAGGAGUCAGUUCUCUGAGUGCUAUGGGCAGCAGCAUGGUCUCCCCAGAUGUUUCAGCAAUCCAGCGGUUGGAGGCCACCUUGAAUAAUGCAGCAGCAGCAGUGGUUGCAGCUGAGGCCGCAGCUUCAGCAGAGGCUGCUGCAAUCGAAACUCUCAGGAUGUCAACUAUUUGUGUAACACAAAAGAUGACUGAGAUGAGUCUUUCCUCGGAGGACAAAGGAGCAUCCAUUAGCAAAGCAGACCUGACGGGGCUUGUGUCCACAGACACAGAUAUUCAUCCCUCCACUGCUGACAGUCCAGUAUUCAGUGCUCCUGAUCCCCUCAAACCCAAGAAGAACCGUUGUUUUAUGUGCCGCAAAAAGCUUGGUCUUACAGCACCCCUGCUGUUGACUCGUCUCUGUUCUAAAAAAAAGGCCACUAAGAUGAAAGCAAACAAUGGUGUAAAAGACCUUGGAAGAUUUUGGCUGUCGCUGUGGGAACUUGUUCUGUGGCGUUCACCGUUACUCCGACAAACACAACUGUCCAUACGAUUAUAAAGCUGAAGCCGCGGAAAAGAUUCGCAAAGAAAACCCUGUGGUUGUUGCUGACAAGAUCCAGAGAAUAUAAGACUUUAAAAGAUUGGAUCUUUACUAAAUGGAUUUGUGCCCAACUUUCCCUUUGUUUUUUCACCAUUACAAAUGUUUUUUUUUUUUUUUUCAAAUAGCAGCUUUCGUUAUUCUUUGUAUGCUUUUUUUUUGGUCUUUCUAGAAGUGGAUGUGAACACUAUGUACAUGUGUGUAUCAGAGCAGAUGUUGGUCAGUAUUUAUCUGUAGGCUGAAGAGAAUCCAUGCAUCCACUUUGUACUCCUGUUUAAAAGAAGAUUUUUAAAAAAGGUAAAUGUAUUUGUUGAAGGUUGUGAUCUUGAGGCCUCUGUUGGCCACUGAAGCCAAACUACCUGCCCUUCAAUCGACAGGCAUAUUUUUUUCUUUUCUAAAAAAAAUCAAGAACUGAAAUCUUCUGACUGGUCAGAUGUUGCACCUGCCUUUAAGUCUGAGCCACUGGAUCCACCCUCCUCACACAGCCAUGUUUGCUAAGCUGACAUGUGCCAUCUGAUUGUUGCUUUGUGUCUGCUAAAUUAGUACCUAUUAUUAUUUUGAUCUCCCCGUCACUACAAAAUAGGUUUAAUGUCAUACGAAAAAUUGGCUCAUUUUGUUCGGAUUUUUACAGGGUUUGGUCCCACUAUUUUCUUCUGUCACUUCACUUGUGAAUAUUUUCUGCUGUUUAAUGUGUGUUGACAUGUUCACAAUGUUAGGAGUGUCACAUUCACAGGAUAUUUGUGGGGAAAAAUGUGUAUGCUGGAUGAUUAUAUGAGGUGAGUAGUUCCAUUUUCUUUUAUUGAUUUUAAUUCUUUCUGUGAAGGGGGGCAAGGCUUAACUGCUUAAUGUGGUUUUGUUUAUUUUUACCCUUUUAGUCAUGCGAGUUUGUACAAACAUUUUUAUUUAUAUACUACAGUGUCUGUAAUCCUCCAAUAAUACACGUGUGUCUGUGUGUUGUAAAUAAACAGUGUUCACAAAUAAUAUACUAAAA